GCGGUGCAGAAUCAAAACAGUUGGAAUCUGACAGCUCUCCAUCGUCUGUUUCUCUCUAAAAUAUGGUUAAAAUCUGACUGACACGACCAGAAAUCGCCGUUUGCAGCUAGACUGGUUUCUACAGCGCCUGGAGCAACAUUGUCACAGAUGUUAAAAUCCGUUUUGUGGGUUUUUAAUCACGUCUCCGGCGCUCCGGGUCGAUCCAUGGGCCGAGCAUUACCAUAUAUAGCCCGGCCGCAGAGCUCCCUGUGCGGGGAGAUGUAAACCGCUCCAGGCUGACGGAGACACCAAAAAGAGACCAAACCUGCAGCUGCACCAUGUCAUCCGACCAGGUUAUCGCCAUCGUCAUGGAGGACAAGAUCUACGAGGUGGACAAGAAGAAGCUGAUCGAGAAGAGCGACUACUUCCGAGCUCUGUACAGCUCCGGGAUGAGGGAGUCCACCGAGGACUCGGUCCAGCUCCAGGGGCUCAGCGCCCCCGGCCUGGAGCUGGUCCUGGAGUUCAUCAACACCUCCAAGGUGCAGGUGGUGAACGAGACCCUGGAGGACCUGAUCGAGACCGCCUCCUUCCUGCAGGUCACCUCCAUCCUCAAGCUGCUGUCCUCGGAGAUCCGCCUGGAGAACUGCGUGGAGCUCUUCAGCCUGUCUGAGAUCUACGGGACUCACGACCUGCGCACCGCCUGCCUCAAGUACAUGACCUGCUACUAUCACCCCAUGCUGAGGAGGCCCGAGUUCAGCUCCCUGCCCCCCGCCGUGCGGGACCAGGUCAAGGAGAUGCGCAUGAAGGGCACCGCCACGCUGGUGGCCAUCGGGGACUUCGCCUGCCUGUCCCUGGACGUGCCGGACCAGGACGAGCCCUGGUCCAUGCUGAGGUAUGGAGAGGUGGAGCAGCGCUGGAAGCCGCUGGCCAACAACCUGCCUCCAGAUAUGAUCAACGUGCGAGGGUACGGCUCGGCCGUCCUGGACAACUACCUGUUCAUCGUGGGCGGCUACAGGAUGACGAGUCAGGAGAUCUCGGCGGUGCACUGCUACAACCCCUGCAGGAACGAGUGGAACCAGGUGUCCCCGCUCAACCAGAAGAGGUCCAACUUCAAGCUCCUGGCGGUGCAGGGGAAGCUGUACGCCGUGGGAGGUCAGUGUCUGGGCACGGUGGAGUGCUACAGCCCCGAGCUGGACUGGUGGACCUGCGUCUCCUCCAUGCCCGACCCUCUGGCCGAGUUCUCCGCCUGCGAGUGUCAGGGGAUGAUCUACGUGAUGGGAGGAUACACCGCCAGAGACAGGAACACGAGCGUCCUCCGAUACUGCCCCACCUCCGACACCUGGACGGCGUUCCGCGCCUGCUCCGUGCACAUCCGCAAGCAGCAGAUGCUGUCGGUGGAGGACACCAUCUACCUGGUGGGCGGCUACACCCACGAGCUGGAGGCGGGCCGGCGGCAGCGGCGCCCCAGCCAGACGGAGGACGUCCUGACGGUGCAGUCCUACAACGUGACCACGGGCGAGUGGGUCCAGCUGAAGGAGAACACGUCCAAGUCGGGCCUGAACCUGACGUGCACGCUGCACAACGACGGCAUCUACAUCAUGAGCCGGGACUUCAGCCUGCCCACCAGCCUGGAGCACCGCGUCUUCCUCAAAUACAACAUCUUCUCCGACGCCUGGGAGGCGUUCAGACGCUUCCCGGCUCUGGGUCAGAACAUGCUGCUGUGCUCGCUUUACCUCCCCAACGUGCUGUGACUGACGGGAGCAGGGCGCCACCUGAGCGGCGUGCGGUGGCGGCGGCGGCGGCGGCGUGGCUCCCCGCUGACCUCUGUGCCUCACACACAAACGCACUACACUCUACAAACUGCUGCGAAUGCAAAAACUAAAACUUCAGUCAACAACACCACAAUCUGCUUCUCUGAAUUCUCCAGACUGGAGGUCAAGUCGGUCGUGUUACUGUGUGUGACCACUAGAGGUCACUGUAUGAUGCCAGAAUACCGGCUGGAUUAUCUGCUAGAGCAGUUAAUCUGAACCUGCAGAGUCUGACAUGCUCUGACUUCUAGUCUGGAGAAUACGGUGAUCAGAAGCUCGUCAAUAUCUUAACGGAAAACGCUCGCUGCUGCUUUCUCUUCAGAAAUGGACUCUGACCAAAUAAUCAGCAGGUUUUUGGUUCUUUUUAUUGCUUUUGACCAGAUUAUGAUAGCCUGAACGCUCAGUAAUCCAUGAAAAUAAUUAACUGGGUUUACCUUCAUUUGGAAAAGAUCAAGUUCUUCAUCUGGAGCUUCAGGAAAGCGGGUGGGUGGGGGGUCAUCUGAAAUCACAAAGGGGAAGAAGUUAAUUAUUUUAUUAGAGCAGAAUUUACUGUAAGUGUAAAAUGAUAAAGGUUGAUCUAAAUCCCUCAGAUAAAUGAGCUAAAAACACAUUUUUUUAAAGAAGAGUCGAGAUGUAAAGUGUCAUUAAAAAACCCACCGAACUGAAUAACUCUCGACUGAGCAGCUUGGAGGAGUUUCUGGAAUAACAGAGCAGCAGGAAGUGUUUUUGACGGCCACCGAUGAGCUUCGAGCUUAACAGCAUGUUUAAAAAACUCUGCGGGCCAUUUAUUCCUAAUGUUUACACUCCAGAUGUGGCAUUUCCCACACUUCCUCACUACACUCCUCGUCUUUAUGUGCGGAGCGGACGGUCAGGAGGAUCAGUUCGGUUUUACACUGCCAGUCUGGGAGACUUUUCAGAGCUUCUGGUGUUCUUGAUCAGUCUUGUUUCAGAGAUACUCCAAGUGGAGCCGCUCCUCCUCCUCCUCCUCCUCCUCUGUGGGCAAAAUCAGAUUUGCACAUGUCAAAGAAAAGCAGAAUCAGAACCUUUCUUAAUAAUCUGCCCGCUGAUCGUUUGGCUUCGCUGCUUCGGAUCAGACUCGGAACUGAAAGAGGAGACACCGAGCCAAGAACAGCCCGAACCACGAUCCUGUGAAGUGAACGACGCACACGUGCCUUCUGCAGCCUCCGUUAACUCCAGCUCCGUCUUUAAAAA